CAGCUGUCAACUUCACUUAGGUAAUCAAUCCAUCAACAUGAUUAACCAAUAAACUGUAUCCAUCAAUCAAUACAGUACUUAUGGCCAAAUCUUCACUUAGUUGAGACACAUAUGGGCUCUGGUGAAAAGUAGUGAGCUAUAAAGGUAGUGAGCGUGUUCCCUCCAGGUGGAUUUUGACCUGUGGAUGCCCAACUGCCCAACCUCCAUGACGCACCCCCCUCCCCAGACCAAAGUCACGCUGACCGAAGAUGAGAUUCUCUCCAUCCUCCCGGACAUAAACUCCACCUGCAACCUCUUCAGCACUCUGUCCCUACUGUCCCAGCCCACAGCAGACUACGUGCCUCUGUGUCAGUAUCGUGAGCCUGUGUUCAGCAGUGGCGCUCCUCGCAGGCUGGUGGAGAAGGUGCAGGCCUAGCUCAGGGCCAUUUCUGAUGAGAUCACAGACAGGAACAAGAAGCUGGAGCUGCCCUACGACUACAUGUCCCCCAACCGCAUCGAGAACAGUGUGGCCAUCUGAGCUGUGUUAAUACACACUCACGUAGACAGACACACACUAGCAUAAUGAUUUUACUCUUUCAACCACAAUGUUU